AUGACUGAUCAACAAAUUUUAAGUGACGACCAGACGAUGUCCAUUCUUGAAGUGCUGAUGCUCGGGGUCACGCCGGCUAUCUCAGUGUUCGGCGUCAUCGGGAACAUCUUCAGUGUCAUUAUACUGGUCAAGCAUGGACUGCACCGCUGUUCUAACAUCCUGCUGGUCUCCCUUGCCGUCAACGACAUCUCGUUCCUGGUUGGGUUUAACAGCGUGCCCAAGCUGCUGUACGAGAUUGUAGACAGAACAGAAGGGUUCCACUUCGGCAGAGACGCUUCCUUCGUCUUGUUUGCCUUCUACCAGCUCUGCAUGGUUAUGGACUACGGCUGCGGGUCCGUGUCCUUGACCCUGCCCGUUCUGAUCACGGCGGAGAGGCUGAUUGCGGUGUUUUUCCCCUUGCAAUUUAACCAGGUGGUCACGACCAGGAGGACCUGGUGCGCAGUCAUAUUCAUCUCAGUUUUCUGGUACGGGUUUUUCAUUCAUAUGACCUUCUACGUCAUGCUGGACUUUGAGAUGGACACUAAGCUGAACGUCACGGUGGGACUUAUGAAGAGGUCUGCGUACCACAACCAAAAUAGCGUGGCCGUGGCUAUACUAGAAGAGGCUAUGUCCUACAUGACCAUCCAGAUCCCGCCCCUCUUCACCCUAGCUGGCUGCAUUGUCAUCGGGAUCAAGAUCAGAAUCGCCGCCAGUCAGAGGAGCAAGCUGACCUCCAGUGGCCACAAAGGAGAACUGUCCAACCGGACCACCAAGAUGUUGAUGGCGGUGUGCACUAUGUACACAGCGGCUUGUGGCGCCAUGUCUCUGCCUACCUUCAUCCCCCAGUACAUGUACUACUCCAUCACGAGCGACGCCCCUUCUAACCUGGGCAAGGUGCUCUACCAAGUGAUGAACAUCGCCCUCUGUCUGAACAGCUCGUGCAACUUCAUCAUCUACGUGGCCAUGAACAAAAACUUCCGGAGCACCUACGUGUCUCUAUUUCGGCCUCGGACCUCGAGAAGAAGUGACUACAAGAAAAGUGAAUUGUGGAAAUAA